AAGCUCAGGGAAGGCUUUGGAGGAGGAAAGGAGAGGGAGGCGGGGAGCAGAAAGGCAAAAGGAGGACAGGAGGCACCGGCGCGAAGAGCCACGUUUUUAUAAAACUCCUCGGCGUUUACGCAACGUAUCUCAUCUCCACCAUCUUACAACCUUCCCCCGUAGGAAUGGGGGACCCAGGACCUUCAGAUGUUCUGGAUUGCAUCGCUCGACAGAUCCAUGAAGUUCAAUCAUAUAUGGGCCGCCUAGAAACCUCAGACAAGGAGUCUGUCCAUUUGGUAGAAAAUGAAAUUCAGGCACGAAUAGACAGAAUUUUUAGCAAUCUAGACCGGCUGGAAAUCUUCUGCAACAAGGAACCUCCAAACAAGCGGCAAAAUGCCAAGCUCCGGGUUGACCAGUUGAAAUAUGACAUUCAGCAUCUGCAGACAGGAUUGCGAAAUUUCCAACAUCGUCGCUAUGCACGGGAGCAGCAAGAAAGACAACGUGAGGAGCUUCUGACUCGAACAUUCACCACUAAUGAUUCUGACACCACCAUUCCAAUUGAUGAAACAUUACAAUUUAAUGAAUCCCUUCAAAAUGCACACCGUGGCAUGGAUGAUCUUAUUGGCAGCGGAACCAGCAUCCUACAGGGCCUGAGGGAUCAGAGAGUGACAUUAAAGGGCACCCACAAGAAAAUAAUGGAUGUUGCCAACAUGCUCGGUUUAUCUAAUACAGUCAUGCGUCUCAUUGAGAAACGUGCCUUCCAGGAUAAGUACUUCAUGAUUGGUGGCAUGCUUGUGACAUGCAUAAUCAUGUUCCUUGUAGUGCAGUAUCUUACUUGAAAGGCUGAAGAACACACUACCAGACUGGGUUGGACUUCUUUUCUACUCUGACUUCCAGCAUAACUGUGAAUCUCCUGGAUUGGCUACAGCUGCCAUGUGACUCAUAAGAUGCUCGAGUUGAGUGGCUUAUAUAGAUUCUGCCGCUGGUGUGCAGGGAUGCUUAUCCACACAACACUCAUCAUUUUUCAGUCAUUUAGCGAGUAUGUUGCCCAUAUGACUCUCAGGCUUAGUUGAUGAGGGCAUGAGCUGUCUCCUUUAGUUCUCUUAAUAAUCCUGGUAUAAAUUAUAAAGUCUCUCAACAAAGUGCCCAUAAACAAAGUAUUACUAUUGGAUCUAUAGAUUUUAUAGUUCCUCAAGAUCUAGAUGUCUAUAAACACUGUAAUAACUAGUGAAAAUGAAGCAGCUUGGCUUGAAGGACUUGUUGGCCUAACUUAUUGCAGGUGUGGAACUUAGAGAGACUGUCUUGUUUCCAGCAAUGAUUAAAAAAAAUAGAAAUCCUCUUAGUCCAUGUGCAAUGGUAAUGGUUUUUGAUAAUUAUAGAUUCUGUGUCUAUCAUUUAUCUAGAGCAAACAGACUGUGAAGACUAGUUGAACUACAGUGUAGUAACUCACUUUCAAGUAAACAAUGGAUGUGUUAGGGACCAUGAUAAUUUAGAUACAUCUGCUAAUGCUCCCUGUAGCAGAAUCCUGCUUUUAGUAUUGGGAAAGAAGUGUGGAACUUGCUGCUUACCAUACAAGAGAAUAACAAACUUCCUUACAAAAUGCAUUUAUAUGUGUAUUUUUUUAAAAAGUAUACUUAGAAUCACUGGUUCUAAUGGUAGCCAUUGUGCUAAGUGUGGCUAGUGUAGUGUCAACCACCACUACACUGGUUCACAGUGUAGCCAUUGUGUUUGUCACAAUAGAGUCAUCUUUUAAUCCUCCAGCUUUUGUGUAUUCAGUUUCUUCUACUUUUCAUGAUUGCAAAAUUUAUUAGUUAUUUCUGCAAUUUUAUGCUGCACGGUUCCAACAAAAGCUCGGAACUUUUUAUACAGUGAGAUGAAUUUAGCCACUUUUAAGUCUAAAGUAUAUAAUUCUUAAUGGAUUUGGGAGAGGGGGCUGGAGGGGUGUUGAAAUCUUGUGCAGAUCUCCUAAAAAACAGUUAAGUUCAAAACUUCCAGGUAAAUGCAUAUAAACCAGUCUUUUGAUAUCACAGACCUAUUGUUCUUUGUUCCAAUUGGGCCAGUAUUAUUGUUCUAUUUGAAAAACCUGAUUGUGAGUAGAUGAAUAGCAUAGAUGUUAUUCCAUAUUAUAGCAAAUUAUGUGGGCUGUUCUAUACUGUAAAUCUCAAAGAUUUCAAGAAAUCCUUACAGCUGACAUAUCCUGUGUUGUGAAUUUUCUGAUUGCAAAUGGUGCCUGGUUGUCCAAUUAAGCUGGGCUAACUAAGGUAUGUUAUCAAUACUUAAUUGUCAUUUUCUACAUCCCCAAAUUCAUUAAUACAACUAUGCUGAAAUAGACAUCCAAGCAUCAUGUACAAUUGCAGUCUAGCCAUGUUCCUGAUAACAAUUUAUUUGAUUCUUGUUCUAUUUUUACUGAUAAGGAUAAUGUUUCAGUAUAUUUAAGCAGAUUAAAAAUACUUCCAAAACAGAUGUGGAAAAUAUUCAACAGUAAUUAUAGUUUCAUUCUGUAUUUUUGCCCCUUCUGCUGUAUUGACCUAUUCCUUCAAAUUAAAGUUCCUUUUUUCCUUUAA